AUGUCUCUAGAUAAUAUCAACUGGGUCUCACAAAGGCUUGCAAGAGAAGGACAUCUCACGCCUCAGGAUAUGGCGGCGCUAGAAGAACGACUGCCUAUUGCCUUUCAAGAGCGGGAUUUGAGUCGACAGCCAGGACGUCGGGGGCAGGGACUGAAAGCCAAACAAUGGACCGAACGAUCUCGACUCAAAUCCGCCCACCUCAAAUACCGUGACGUUUUCUACAAACGGCCACAAAGGAUUGAAGAUGUUGCCCGGGCACAAGGAAUUGGCCAGCAUCCGCUUUUCCUGGAAUGGAUGAAUAUACUAUUUGAAAAGCCAAUCCUUUCCGAAGCCCGUCAGACUUUCAUAGCCGGGGACAUUCAAGCUCUUCAUGGCAUAUUUCAUGAUAAGCUGUGCCGCCGAAUCAUGAAUUCCCCGAGACGAAUCGAGGAAGAACGAACAGGAGGGUUCACCAUUAAAACAAAUACGACAUAUUGCGUCCAAACCGUCGUACCGAAAGACCCAUUUGACGAUAUGGUGUUGUGGCUUGAUAUCGCGCUCGACAAGACAUUCCUUCAGGACUUAUUCCCAGACUAUGAAAACCAGUUGUCGGGGAAAGAUAAUAGUGAUGCUGAGAUAGUGCUAUCUCCCGGUUCAACCCUCUGUGUUGAUUCCAUCUUCAAACCCCCGGGUCGCGAAAGAUGGCAGAAAAGCCGACUUCGAACAUGGGAGGAGAAUGGAAAACUCUGGGAUGUGACGGCUGGUAUUCAAAUGCAAGUACGGCCGAACGAUCUUAGCAGCGGUACACUGCGUUUGUGCUUGUCAUGGGAGUGGCAUCAGGAAAUGGAGACGCUAUAUUCAUGUCCCGCAGAGCUAUCACCUUCUGGGGUCAGCGCUGUCUCUUAA